ACAUUCAAUCAUAACUACAAUCAACUCAAGAGUCAACACUUACCACAAGAAGUCAGAGAAGUACGGAAUGACACGAAUGAAGAGAUAUUUGUGGCCACAGAUGACAAUACACGCGAUGGCAGUGAAAGUGAGACAAAAACCAAAGCAAAUGUUGUAUUGAAAACUACUGGAAGUACUAAACAAGUGGUGAAAACCGACGAUAAGAUUACCACCAAAUGUGUGAAACUAUUUUUCUGUAAACUGUUGGGCUGUGGAAAGCUAUUCAAAACCAAAGACACGUUUGAUCUUCACUUGAAAACCCAUUCCUCGGAAGCCAUCAAUGGCUCGAAUAACUCAAGUGUUGACACGAGUUGUCAAAUCUCUUUACCACUGACUGAGACAUCAAAUAGUGGUACAAAAUCUCUUAAUCCUGAAGUGACUGCAAAUAAAACAACUCUUUCGUCGACUUCACCACCAGUUGUGUCACAAAAGGGAAGUAAUAAACGGAAACGACUUCUGGUAGCCAUUGAACCCCAGAAACGAUUCAAAUAUGAUGUCAACGACAGUGGGGAACAGUUUACAUAUGAAGUAGAGUUGGAUAACCCAUUAGGAAUUCAUAACUCGACAAAUAUUCAUUGUUUGGACACUAACUGCGAGUUUGUCACCGAAAAUGAGAUCCAAUUGACUGAACACGUGGCGGACAAGCACUCCAUCACUAUAUUGGAGUGUAAUUACGAGUCAUGCGGUCGUCUCUUACCAUCUGAAGAGUUAUUCACAGAACACGUGAAACUGUUCCACAAGAAGACGAAUGUCACCAAAAGGGACGCAAAGAGUACUACAAAACGAGACGCAAACAGAGCCACUGAACCAUCCUUAUUCGACAAUAAGACCAGUCUUAAGGACCAUAUGGUGAGCUACCACUCAAUGGUGCCCUUUGAGUGCGAAUACAAUUCAUGCGAUCAGAUGUUUGCCUUUGAAGAGUAUCUCAGGGAACACGUGAGUGAAAGGCAUACGAAACGAUUCGAGUGCACCGAUUGCCAGAAGGUUUUCCGAUCGGGUUUUGAACUCGAGUGCCACCGAAGUCUACACACGGGUCGUAAACGAUUGAAAUGUGGGGUCAAAGGUUGCGAUUAUAAGUGUAAUUAUAAGGACCAAUUGGAGGCACAUAUGAACAACCAUUCGGGUCUUAAGCCAUUCAAGUGUACUAUCGAGGGCUGUGGCAAACAGUUUCCGCGCAGACAUGGACUUCAAAAGCACAUCCGUUUUGUGCACAGUUUGGUCCGGAAUUAUGUCUGCGAUCACGAGAACUGCAACAAAGCAUUCAAAUCCAGUUCCGCGUUAAAGCUUCAUCAGAAGACGCACUGUAAUGACGGACAGGUAUACAAAUGCCAGGAACCGGGAUGUGGACAAGAGUUCGGGUCACUUAGUGGGCUAUACGCGCAUAAAUAUCGACGACACACUAACCGGUUAUUCAAAUGCGAAUGGCCCGGAUGUGAUUAUAGUAACCAAUUUAAGAGUAACUAUGAGAACCAUAUGACUGUCCACACGACGGACACGCCAUUCCCGUGCCUGUCAUGCGACAAACGAUUCAAAACUCAGGCUCGACUUAGGGAUCACACGCUCCUCCACCAGAAACCCAGAUACCGGUGCGAUUGGAAGGGCUGUACGUUUAAGACUCAUAUAAAUGCCGUUCUCAACCGUCAUAUGAAAAAACACAAGAAUAAUAAGAAUUAUAAAUACAAACCAAUUAAAUACAAAUAG